AUGUACUACGGCCUCAAGAACAAAGCGGGCCGUGAUUUCGUUAUUGUAAUUCUUGUUUUCUGCGGCCUGUCGACGGUCGCUGUCGGGCUUCGAUUGGUAUCCAAGCGGAUGAAGCGCCUGCCUUUGCAAUUGGACGACUACCUAAUACUUAUCUCGCUGAUGUGCGUGUACUGUUCGGUCGGCAUUUGCACAGCAUCCGUCACGAGAGGCGGCGUAGGAAAUCAUUUUGGAUUAGUGGUACCAUUAGCGGACUUGAAAUACACCCUUAAGCUAUUGAUACCGUUGCAAGGCCUAUAUGGUAUCGGGUUAGGAUGCGUCAAAACGUCCCUCAUGGUUCUCUAUUUGAGGAUAUUUGGCACCACCAAGAAGUUUCGCAUCACCAUUUACGUCGCGAUGGUCAUCGUAUGGGGUUGGGCUUUCAGCAUUGUAAUUGAGGCGUUCUUGCUUUGCCGACCAUGUGAGUUGGGUCCGGACAGGCAUACUGGAUCCUCUAUGGGAGCCAUUGCUUCCAACUGGGACCCGACGAUUCCUGGAAAGUGCGGAAACCGAAACGCUGCAUUUGUUGCCGCCGGUGCGUUGAACAUGCUGACUGAUAUUAUGGUGCUGCUCUUGCCAGUACCCCAUAUCUGGAGCUUGCAGCUUCAAGUGGGAAGGAAAGUAGGCUUGUUGGCGACAUUUGGUCUUGGUAUUUUCGUCUCAGCCAUUUCAAUCAUCCGCAUGAAAUUCCUCCUCUCCUUGAACCUAGCAGACGCCACAUUCUCAUUACCGGAUCCAUUCAUGUGGUCUGUCGUUGAGCCUGAACUCGCCGUUAUCGCGGCUUGCAUCCCCCUUAUGCGUCCAUUCUUCACCAAAGUUGCGCGACCAUGGUUUGGCGGGUCCUCUAGCCGCGGCACCAAGAACUCACGCAACGGCCUCAAUUCCGACGGAACCAAAAAGCAGUUUUCGCGCCUCAACGACAGCAACGCCUCGAAAAACAACGAUUACGCGCUCGAGACGAUUGGUGGCGGUCGGAUGAAUAAGGUUAGCAGUGAAGCCAAUGGCUAUACUGUUGGCGUAGAGGGAGGCAAGCCGUAUCGGAUUUAUGAGGAUGGGAGGAGUAAGACUGGGAUUGAGGAGAGUGUGCAAACGUUGGAAGAUUCAGAUUCGGGGAAGAGCAAUAUAAAGAUUGUAGGGCGUGGCGCGUUGCCGGGGGGGAUUAGGGUGCAGACAGAGUAUAGCGUGGAGUAG